CCGGGGGAUGGCCGAGGGAGGCCGCACGGCUCGAGGGGACGUUAAGGGAGGCCAAGUCAUGGGGACAGGAGAGCCUCGGAAGAGGAAGGUGACAGCACCGGGCGCCCAGCAGAGCAGCUCGUGGAGCGGCUGCAGGGUGUCCCCUGGAUGGGGGUCACCCUCCUGGGUGCACCCCGGCCCCGCUCCCAUCCCCGGCCCCUCUCGGGUUGGGGUUUGGGGCUGCGGCACGGGGCUGCGGGCGUUCAUGGCCGUCGGGCGCAGGAGGCCUCGCGCGCGGGGUCGGUCCCUCUCCUCCCCUCCUCCCCCGUGCCACCAGGGCUCCGCGGUGCUCCCACGGCCCCGUCCCGUCCCCGCACCCCGGUGUUGUCAUUCCAGGAGCGCUUGUGGCCGUGGGCGGCCGCGGGCAUCGCUUCUCGGUGCCCCCUGCGCUGAGAACCAGAGCGCCCGGGGCAGGAAUGAGCUGGCAGGGCCGGGGCACGGGCGCUGGCUCCCACCACAGCCCUGCACCUGCUGCUGUGCAUCUGGAAUAAACACACAAAACCAAGGCUUUUGUGCAGUUUUUGCUAACCAGGCGUGUCUGGGAAGGGGAUGUGGAGGUUUGAGUGCGAUGGAGCCGGGGCUGCUGCUCGGCGCUCCCCGGGGCUGAGGAACAGGGCCGGGGCCGGGGCCGGCGCUGCCGGGGCCUUGCCCGUCCCCGCGGGCACGGAGCACUCCUGCACCCUCCUCCCGGGGCUCGCUCUGCUCUGGCUGUUUUUCUCGUUGUUUUUCUGUUUCCAAAAUUAACUGCGGCUCACCUCAUGCCCGCCGGCACCCUUCCACCCCGCGGACCCUGCCCCGUACGAAAGGAAGUGCAGAAGCCUGUUUUGAGCAGAGCUCAGAUCAACAACCCGACCGCCGGGCACCGCCAGCACCACCCAGGCACAGGGGGGGCACCCGGGGCUCGGCCACCCCCAUGGCUCCCGAGGCCACCGAGGAGCCGGAGGCUUCGGCCGACUACGAGUACCUGGCAGGCAGCAACGCCACGGGGAGCCCGGAGCAGCUCUUCACGACGGUCUUCAUCCCCGUCCUCUACUCCUUCAUCUUCCUCCUCGGCUUCGCGGGGAACCUCUUCGUCAUCGUGCUGCUGGCCAAGAGGAGCGGCGGCAGGAGGGCGGUGGACACCUUCGUGCUGAACCUGGCUGUGGCCGACGUCGUCUUCGUCUGCACCCUGCCCCUCUGGGUGGCGGCGGGGGCGCGGGGCAACCGGUGGCUGCUCGGGGAAGGGCUCUGCAAGGCGAGCAGCUACGCCAUCAGCGUCAACCGCUGCUCCAGCAUCCUCUUCCUCACCGCGCUCAGCGUGGAGCGCUACCUGGUCAUCUGGAAGGUGCUGGACACCAGGCGGGCGGGCUCCAGGAGGCACGUCCUGCUCACCUGCGGGCUGAUCUGGGCCAUCUCCCUCCUGCUGGGCGCGCCGGCGCUGUGGUACCGGCGGCUGGACGGGGACGACUGCUGGGACGAGGACGGGGAGGACUUCAGCCUGGCCAUGGUCUUCCUCACCUUCCUCCUGCCCCUGGGGGUCAUCUUGUUCUGCUACUGCUCCAUCUACUGCCGCCUGCAGCGGCACGUGCGGCUGGGCAGGGGCGUGCGGCGCUCCCACCGCGUCAUCGUCGCCAUCGUCGCGGCCUUCGUCUGCUCCUGGCUGCCCCUCAACGCCUGCAAGGUGCUCCUCUUCCUCCUGGCCAAGGGGACGCUGGCGCUGCCGGCGGGGCAGGAGGGGACCCUGCGCUGGGCGGUGGCCGCCAGCACCUGCCUGGCCUUCGCCAACAGCUGCGUCAACCCCCUCAUCUACGCCCUGAUGGACCCGCGCCUCCGCUGCCCGCCCCCCCCCGGUGCCAGGACCCCCCCCUCCACCACCGCCUCCAGCCCCUCGCCCGGCAGCGGGACCAAGCCCCCCCCGGCCCACAGCCCCCGGCCGGGCACGUAA